CGGCAAAGUGGCAGUUAGUGGGGAUAUAAACAACCAAUAUUUAAAUAGUUUAAGCAUACUUAAGGCAAUUUAAGUGUGUUGAAGAUGGUCUCUGUCAUCAACUCUAUAGACACGUCACACGAGGACAUGAUUCAUGAUGCCCAGUUGGACUAUUACGGUACAAAGCUGGCCACUUGUUCCUCAGAUAGAUCAAUCAAGAUAUUCGAUGUCAAAGGGGGACAGCAAACACUGAUUACUGAACUCCGGGGUCAUGAUGGACCAGUUUGGCAGCUUGCCUGGGCUCACCCAAUGUUUGGCAAUCUGAUUGCGUCCUGUAGCUAUGAUAGAAAAGUCAUUAUCUGGAAGGAAACAAACGGAUCAUGGGGAAAACUCUACGAAUAUCAGAAUCAUGACUCAUCAGUGAACUCUGUGAACUUUGCCCCCCAUGAGUUCGGCCUCCUUUUGGCAUGUGGCAGUUCUGAUGGUUCCAUAUCUAUCAUAUCCAGUACAGGAGAUGGAACAUGGGAUGCCAAGAAGAUACCUAAUGCUCACUCUAUUGGCUGUAAUGCAGUAAGUUGGGCUCCACCCAUCAAUCCUGGAGAUUUAUUGGACCCCUCAGGACGUCAUCAACCAAUCAAACAGCUUGUUUCUGGAGGAUGUGAUAAUCUGGUCAAAAUUUGGAAAGAGGAGGACGGUCAAUGGAAGGAAGACCAGAAACUUGAAGGUCACAGUGACUGGGUCAGGGACGUGGCCUGGGCUCCCAGUAUAGGUCUACCCAAAAGUAUCAUAGCAAGUUGUUCACAGGUAUGUAUAGGUCUACCCAAAAGUAUCAUAGCAAGCUGUUCACAGGACUUGAGAGUGAUCAUAUGGACUAACGAUGGUAAUGGCUGGACACAGAAAGUGUUAAACAAAUUUAACGACGUCAUCUGGCAUCUUAGCUGGUCCAUCACAGGAAAUAUUCUGGCUACAUCAGGGGGAGAUAACAAGGUCAGCUUGUGGAAAGAGACAUUAAAUGGGAACUGGGUGUGUAUAAGUGAUGUGAACAAAGGUCAAGGACAAAUAUCAGAUGGUCAGAGGUCAUUGUCAUAGUAACAAGAAGCAGGCAUUUUCCAGACUAUUGCCGUGUUUACACAUUUUGCUGAUAAGAACCAACAGUGAAUCAGAUAAUAAGAGAUCGUUCAUUAUAGGCCUUAGAAACAGCCUUGAAACAAGUCUUUAAGGAAUUGCAGCAGAGAAAACACUGUACUGAUAUGAAUCAGUAAAAGUAAUGCAUUAAUUCCCAUAAAUUAUUUUGAAUUACUUUUCUACACAAUAUUUGUAAGAAUUAUUUAUAGGUUUUCAAAAGCAGACCAAUAGAUACACAGAAGAAAGCAUCUAAAUUAUUGGUUUGAUGCAAUUUAAAAAAAAAUUGUGUCAAGAAAAAUUAAGAAUUUGGAGAAAUCAUCUGCAAAUGUAGGUUGAAAUGCAUUAUGCUGUGUAAUACUGUAGUAUGAGUGAGAGAAAGGUUAAAUGUGGAAUGUAAGAUGAAUGAAUAAAAGUUGAAAAUUUUGAAUUACC